GGCAAGCUUAAUUCUUAAGCUUGGUCAGUGUCCUAUCUUUGGCGUUCCGGAUCUGAAGAAUUCUGAACCGACUGGGAUGGACGGGAUCAACAAUCUACCCUUGUCCUACCUGUACGCUCUCCACCUCCUACUACUCCUGGUAUAUAAAUACCACUCAACUACGCAUCCAAAACCAUUAAUCAAACCACUCAUAUAAUUAAGAAGUUAGCAAUGGAGAUGGGCAAGAAGAAGAAGCCUGCCCCAUUGGCAUUGUUCCUGGCCAUCCUUCUCAUCAUUUCCUCUGAGAUGGUGGAAGAGGUUGGGGCAAAGCUGCAAUGCGACAUCAAAGCGUCGUUGUGCAUGUACAAGUGCACCAAGACCGGCAGGUGCAUGCGCUGCUGCAAGCACUAUGGCUUCCUCCACGGCCGCUGCAGAAUCCGCCACGGCCUGCUCUGCUACUGCUGCAACGACGACUCAGACCCCGGCCACGCCGCUCUCCGCCGCCGCUACCAGUACCAGGAUCAGCAGAAGAUGGUCGCGCCGCCGCCACUAGACCACCUUCUUCAUGCGUGAGCCUCAGCCAGCUUCCUUCGGUGCUUCAUAGCAGUGCAUCGGUACCUAUGGUUCUGAGCAAUCGAAGAAGACAAGAAGAUCUCAUGAAUAUAUGUCAAAAAAAAAAUGUCCCAGCUCUGAAUAUAUGAGCUCCAUUAAUCCAUUACUAUGCAUCUCUUGCAAUUGUUUGUGAAAUCGUGUUUCCCUCAUUCCGCUUAAUUUCAUAUUCACCGACAAUUUUCCUA